AUGAAGAAUUUGUUCACCAAUAACAAGUUUAGAUAAACAUUUUAGGAAGACUGCUAAUUCUCACCUUUACUAGAUCCUAAACAGACUCCUAAAGUUUCUAGUCUUACUACUUUAAAGAUUGAUUAAUCAUAUUAAGAAAAAACAUAAUUUCCUUUUUAUGUUAAAAAAACUAAACAUACAGAAGAAAUAGAAGAAAAGCAAGUAGCAUUAACAAAUAAUGAUGAAUCUUUUGAGAGCAAAAAAAGCCAAACGAUUGAUUCUACUAAAUAAUUCCCUCUUAUCACAGAAUCCACAAUUGAAAAGAAAACACCUCAAUUUUCUCCUUAAAAAAUGAUUCUAAUGGCUGUUAAUAUUUUUAAUAAAUAGCUUGUCUAAAUAAAAUCCACAAAUCAAGAUCUUUUAACACCAUAACAAUUCUACAAGCUUAGAGAAAAAAUAAUCAAACAUAUCAAUGACUGUAUCGCUUUGAUCAAAGUAUUGCUUAAGCAUUUACAGCGCAUUAAUAAUUCUCACCCUUAAAAGGCAACUCCUUCUUAAACUACUGAUGUGUAAUAAUUACAAUGUAAUUAAAAUACACUUUCUCAAAAGUAAGAAAAUUCUACUAUUCAGAAUAUAAAUGGAUAUCACUUAGAUCUCAUUUAAUUUUGUAUGGAAGCUUUUGAGUAACUUAACAAGUAUUAAAUAAACUAUUAAGAAACAAUUACCUUAAUGGAAUAGUUAUUUAAAACAUUUGAAGGAUAUAAUUUUUUGACUAAUUUGCCUUACAUUUAAAAUAUCUAGUUAGAUUACAUUUCAAUUCUUUUACGUUGUGGAUUUCUAAAAAAGGCUGAGCGUAGCUUCACUUAGAUGUAAUAACAUAUUCAAUAGUACAUAACAUAACAGAUAGAAGAUCCUAAGUAGGCUACUAGUUAGCAAAUCAAAAGCUAGGAUUGCGCUUAUGAAGCAAAAAGAAGUAGACUAAUUAAGGAAUCCUAACAAGACGGAUUAAAAAUGAAUUAAAAAUUUGAUCUUUACAGAUAUUAUAUUCUACAUUGUUAGUUCUUGAAUGAAUAAGGAGAAAAAGAUCGUUGUGCAGAAGAGAUUAAUAAUAUAUAAGAUUCUUUAAAAGUUGAUGCUUUCAUGCUUAAAAUUAAUAUGUUUAUUGAGCGUUAGCAACAUGAAUAAGCUCUUUACUUAAUUGAAUAAGGAAAAACAAUUUUUUAGAGACAUAAACAACCUCUGGUUUUCCUUUAGCUUAUGAACUUGAAGCUUAAAGUUCUCCUUGCUUAAAGAUAAUACUCUACUAUUCAUGCACUUUUAUAAGAAAUCAAAGAGUAUUUUGAGUAAAGCAAGCUUAAAAUCAGCAUAGAAUUUUGCUAAUCUUUACUUUACGAAAGUUAAGCUUAUCUAGCAAAUGGAAAUACAACUGAAUGCAUUAACUUAUUGGAAGAAGCUAAUGUAAUAGCAAAGGAAAUACUUAAGGAUAGAUAUAAUCAAUCUUCAAUUACAGCUGAUAUUUACUAUUUUAAAGCUCUUUGUUGGCUUUAGCAAAGCUAAGAAAUUUAAAAUUAAGAAGAAAAACAUUUUGUUUUAAAAAAUGCUUAACAAAUAUGCCAGUUAUGCAUAAAAGUAAGAAAAAAUUAUCUUUAUAGCAAGCAAGAUAAAAAUCAGAAAGUGAUAGAUGCCUUAUCACUCAAUGUGAAUUUGUUAGCACUUACAAAUUAAAACCGUGAAUGCAGAAAAGCAUCUGCUGAACUAGUUGAAUAUGAAUUAAUUUGA